UUAUUUUUGUCUUCUCAUGUUGAUUCACCCAACCCUGUGUCGCUCGCACUUUUUCAUUACGAAGGAGGGAGGGAGGGUUUUAGUGAUUGCGUCAAUACCCAAUAUAGACACACACGUUCAUUCACAAGUGUGCAUACACAGAGAGAGAGAUAGAGAUAGAGAGGUGACAGUGAAGGCAAACAAAGAUGGGAGCGAAGAAGGGAGGACACAGAGAUGAAGCAGAAGAGGAUCUUGCUCGAGAUCCAUUGCAAGCUAUCUUAUUAGCCGACAGUUUCGCCCAAAAGUUUCGCCCUAUUACUCUCGAACGCCCCAAAGUGCUGUUACCGAUAGUCAAUGUUCCGAUGAUAGAUUACACCCUGGCCUGGCUUGAAUCUGCUGGAGUUGAAGAAGUUUUUGUUUUCUGUUGUGCUCAUGUAAGACAAGUUACUGAUUAUUUGGAGACAACCAAGUGGCUUACCCAACCAAAUUUUAAGGUCUCGACAAUAGAAUCACACAACUGUGUCAGUGCAGGAGAUGCUUUGCGUGUGAUAUAUGAAAAAAAUGUGAUACGCGGUGAUUUCAUUCUUAUCAGUGGAGACACGGUAAGCAACAUGUCGCUUACUGAGGUACUUCAAGAACAUAAGGAGAGGCGGAGAAAGGACAGCAAUGCAGUUAUGACAAUGGUUAUAAAAAAGUCGAAGCCUUCAGCAAUCACACACCAAUCUAGGCUAGGAACUGAUGAGCUAAUUAUGGCGAUUGAUCCUGAUACAAAGCAGCUUCUUUAUUAUGAAGAUAAGGUAGAGCAUCUUAAAGGGAUCACCCUUGACAAGGCAAUGCUUUCUGAGAAUGCUUCAGUAUCUCUCUACAAUGACAAACAGGAUUGCUAUAUAGACAUCUGCAGUCCAGAAGUUCUCAUUCUUUUCAAUGACAAUUUUGACUAUCAGCAUAUACGUCGUCAUUUCCUCAAGGGAUUGCUUCAAGAUGAUAUUAUGGGUUACAAAAUUUUUACCUAUGAAAUUCGUUCAAGCUAUGCUGCUAGAAUUGAUAAUUAUCGAAGCUAUGAUGCUAUUAGCAAGGACAUAAUUCAGAGGUGGACUUAUCCUUUGGUACCAGAUGUGCAGUUUUUUAAAAAUUCAGCAACAAAACUUGAAAGACAGGGCAUGUACCGGGCUUCUGAGGUAGGACAAUCACGUUCUGCACAGAUUGGUCCUUCUACUGUAAUUGGAAAUGGCACUACUAUUGGGAAUAAAACUGCAAUUUCUAAUUCAGUUGUUGGGGAAGGUUGUUGUAUUGGAUCCAAUGUUACCAUAGAGGGUUGCUACAUAUGGCAUAAUGUUACUAUUGAAGAUGGCUGCAAACUAAAGCAUGCAAUAAUAUGUGAUGGGGUUAUAUUAAAAGCUGGAGCAGUUUUGGAGCCUGGUGUUGUUCUUUCUUUCAAGGUUGUCAUUGGGGAGCAGUUUGUUGUUCCUGCUUACUCUAAAGUGUCUUUGUUAAGGCAGCCGAUCAACCAAGACAGUGACGAGGAGCUGGAAUACGCAGAUGAUAGCAGUGGGGUAGCUGAGCAUUCACCCAUAGCUAAUGGCGCAAUCAGGAAUGAUUCAUCUGAGAUGGAUGCUUGUACUACAUCGGAGGUUGGUACCAAUGGGGUCGGCUUCAUUUGGUCACUUAAUGAAGCGGCCCUUGAAGAAGAAUGGAGACACUCGGUGGCACCAAUACCUGCUGAUAAACUUGCUGCAAUAAUGCUAGCUGCAAAUGGUGAUCCUGAUUUAUUAACUCAUGAUGAGAAUAUUCUUCCACCUUCAGGGGAGUUGGAACCUGAAUCUGUGACUAAUGAUUCUGAUACGGAUGUUAACGAUGAAGCUACAUAUUUUGAGAAAGAGGUUGAAGCAACUUUCCUUAGAGCUGUGGAGGAAGACGUAAAAAACGAUCAUAUCAUUUUAGAAGUAAACUCACUGAGGUUGUCAUACAACAUGACUGCUCUAGACUGUGCCAGUGCUUUAUUUUAUUCAGUGAUGAAACUGGCACUAGAUAUGCAGCAUAAUACAGCUAGUGAACUUUUUACAAAUGUUGCCAAAGUUUUGGCCAAGUGGAAAACGCUUCUAAAGUCGUACCUGUUAACCAUAGAUGAGGAGAUUGAAGUAAUAAUGAAAUUUGAAGAUAUUUGCAUGGGUUCAGCCAGGGAAUAUGCCGUGUUGUUUGAACAGAUUUUGCAUCUUCUGUAUGACAAAGAAAUUAUACAAGAAGAGGCCAUUCUAAGCUGGGCAUCCGAGAAAGAAGAAGCAGAGGAAUCUGAUAAAGUUUUCGUCAAAAAAUGCGAAAAAUUCAUCCGAUGGCUUAAUGAGGCAUCUGAAGAGGAAGAGGAAGACGAAGACGAGUAGAUCCCCUGGUACAGUCAUUUGUGCAUCAUUUCACUUUUGUUUUUGUGGAAUAUGAAGAACUCAUCUGUGUACCAUUAGUCCGGCUUUUGUAUAUUUGGUGGCCCUGUCCUGUCUCUAGGUCUGCCUGAGAUAUUUAUCCACUCCUCGCAUAGAUAGUUAACAGAUGAACUCGAAGUUCGUUGUUCCAUUUUUUGCUCAGUUAGAAGAUGUUGUGGUUUGACGGAAAUGUAAUGCAAGAUUAUUGCCUGCAAAUUAUAAUAUAAAUAGAAGUGGAAAAAAAUUUAAUCUGUA